CCACCCGGUGGUGCACCAUGAGGGCUACCCUUUCGCUGCCGCCGCCGCUGCCGCCGCCGCCGCCGCCACCCGCUGUGGCCACGAGGAGAACCCCUACUUCCACGGCUGGCUCAUCAGCAGCCACCCGGAGAUGUCCCCCCCCGACUACAGCAUGGCUCUGUCCUACAGCCCUGAGUACGCCAACGGGGCGCCGGGCAUGGACCACUCCCAUUACGGGGGGGUGCCGCCCGGGAACGGCCCGCCGGGGCUCGGGGGGCCCCGGCCGGUGAAACGCAGGGGCACGGCGAACCGCAAGGAGCGGCGCAGGACUCAGAGCAUCAACAGCGCCUUCGCGGAGCUGAGGGAGUGCAUCCCCAACGUGCCCGCCGACACCAAGCUCUCCAAGAUCAAAACUCUCCGUCUGGCCACCAGCUACAUCGCCUACCUCAUGGACCUGCUGGCGAAGGACGACCAGAACGGGGAGGCGGAGGCUUUCAAGGCAGAGAUCAAGAAGACAGACGUGAAGGAAGAGAAGAGGAAGAAAGAGCUGAACGAAAUCUUGAAAAGCACAGUUAGCAGCAACGAUAAGAAAACCAAAGGGAGGACUGGCUGGCCGCAGCAUGUCUGGGCUUUGGAGCUCAAGCAGUGAGCACGGCAGGACUGGAGGAGCCGUCCUCUUAGUCUCGGUAGUGAGCUCUCCUCUGAGGACUCUUUGUAUUUGGAAUCGUCCAGUUUAUUUAUGUGCAAUUUCUCCCCCAACCCCCCAAAAUGUGGAUAUUUGAAGGAGAGGGAAAAAGCAUUCCAUAUAUGAAGAGGAAACUCCAGCUUGGUAAGGGGUAAUGUCUCUAAAUGUUUUGUGAAUGUUAUUUGCUCUGUAUAAAACACGUGGGGAAAACAGAAUCAUAGAAAAGGAAAAAAAAAUCCCUCCCUGGCAUUAGUGUGUAUGUGAAGUGUAUCUUUAAUACUUGGCCUUUUGGAUAUAAAUAUUCAUGGGAUUAUAAAGCUAUAUUUCAACAGAAGCAGUUGCACCAAUGUUUCGAUUGACUCGGUAUUUAGUGUUGUAAUUUUGUUGUGGUCGUUCGGUAUUUGAAGAUGUUUUCAACAGUUACUGGUUAUGUGCACUUCCGUCCGUAAGGGAAAAAGUGGAAUCUAAUUAAUAUUGAAGGUGUAAACGUUGUAAGUACUCAAUAAACCACUGUGUGUGUUUUUUACAAAACAAAAGAAAAAAAAAAA